GCAAGUUGUUUAAAAAAAACACGCAGGCCUGAGGCUAGAAACUUAGAGACCGUCUAAAACAUGUUGUAACGUUGAACGAAGCGCCCCUUUUAACAGCACAAGAGUGAAACCAGUUAUCAGAGUCACCUAUAAAGGAGCUACAUACAAACCCCAUAUUUGAUUUCUUCGAUAUUCUCAGACGUAUGGGGCAUUUAUUUCUAGCUGCCAUCCUUGUUAGCUUGCUAAACUAAAUGAAGAGGAUCCCUUACUGCGGUUGAUGACGUGCGCAGCACAUUGGCGCGGAAUUACGUUUUGUAACUGCUGACUGAGGGUGAAGUGAAGUCGUCUGUGGACUCGUCUACCUAUAAAAAAUGAUGCGCAAAAAGCGACGCUCAUCUGUGGAUAAGGGCGAGGGAGCAGCUGCUACAACCACUAAAGUAAAGAAGAGUCGCAGUGCUGGUGGGAAGCAGAAGGAAGCUGUUGCAGAAGAGACUAAUGAAAGUGUAUUUGGCGUGUUUCUGCGAGGGGCAGGUGUCACCUUGAAACAAGGUGCCACAUCCAACGAGAUUGCUGUCGAUCAAGUAGUUUUCCAAAAAAGGAUACAGCAACAACUACAGAAGAGUCCCCGAUACCCUGGUAUUGUACAAGAAUUCAUCAGCGGUUUGGAGUCUCAUAUUGAGGAUCCUGAGAGGUUUAGAAAUUGCCUCCUCCCAUGUGUUCCACGAUUGCCUGAUGGAGACUCCAGUUGUGUCAGCUCAUUUCAGGAAAGUCUGCUCCGCAUGCUGUUGGGGAUUGAAAUGCUACAGACUUUGAUAAUUAACACCUUGCUUGAGAAACUCCCUGAAUUUAUGUUGGAUGGUGCUGGCGAUGGCGGUCUCAGUGUUCCUUGCAUAAUUAUUAACCAGCUGAAAUGGCUAGACAGAGUUGUGGACAGCAAGGAGUUGGCAGCUAAGCUCAUGGAGCUGGUGUCUGUUGCACCGGUGGAGGUUCAGCGUGACAUCAUCACCAGUCUGCCAGAGAUACUGGAGGACUCCCAGCACAAUGACAUAGCCAGGGAGCUCAACUCUUUACUCCAGGAGAACACUCAGUUGACUGUGCCCAUCCUGGAUGCCCUCUCUAGUCUGAACCUCAGCUCCUCAUUACUGACAGAGGUUCGUGGAGCAGUUAUGACCACUUUGGCUGCUGUGCAACUGGAAGACCUGCCUGUGGUGGUCAAAUUCAUCCUGCACUCUGUCUCAACCUCUGAUGCGUAUGAGGUGGUGUGUAACCUUCGUAAGAAGCUGGAGCUGGAGCAUUGUGUUCUCCCUCCCGUGCUGCAGGCAUCCCAGAGCCGUCUGAAGAACAAAGGAGCGGCAGUGUCGGCUUCUACACCAGCAGCUUGCAGCAGCCAGGACAGUAUUACAUUGAUAUUGGACGGCAUCAAGUCAGCUGUGCGAUUCCAGAAAACCAUAUCUGAAGCUUGGCUCAAGGCAAUAGAGUCUGUGGAUGAUGUGGAGGACCAUAAGGUAAUAGAUCUGCUGGUGCUGUUCAUCCUCCACUCCACCAAUGCCAACCAGAGCCGGCGAGGGGCAGAGAGGGUGCUGAAGGUCAAAGUGAGGACUGGACAGAUCCAGGAGGCGCUUCUACAAAAGACCUUCAGGGACUACAUUCAGGUCAUGCGAGGGUAUUUCCCCUCUAUCCUGGCCCUGGCUCAGAGUUUGUUGCACUCCCCUGACCCCUGCGUGGUACCUUUUGGUGGACACAUGUACCGACACUCAUUCACUGCGUUUGACUCUUACUGCCAACAGGAGGUGGUGGGCUCUUUGGUGACUCAUGUGUGCAGCGGUGUGGGUGGGGAGGUGGACAUGGCCCUGGAGCUGCUCUCUGGCCUGGUUACAGAAAAACCCUCAGAAAUGGCACUGUAUGCUGUUUUUGUCAAGGGAAUCUUGGACUACAUGGACAACCUCACGCCACAGCAGAUCCGCAGACUCUUCCACCUUCUGAGCAGAUUGGCAUUUGGGCAACAGCAGCAGGGAGCUCACAUCCAGGAUGACAUGCACAUAGUCAUCCGCAAACAGCUCUCCAGCACCGUGCCCAAAUACAAGCGCAUUGGCAUCAUCGGUGCCGUCAUGAUAGUAGGCAGCAUGGGGGCCCUCAGGCCUAAAGCUGAGUCACAGAACGGGUCGUUACCCCAGGAAACACUGAGACAGGUGACGGCCCUGUUGGAACUGGUGCAGUCGAGCAGUGAAAGCUCACCUGAGGCUGCAGCUCUGUACUAUGAUGAACUGGCCAACCUAAUACUGACCUCUAUGCUGGACCCACAGGUGCAGGAAAUGAUUGGAAAGAGUGUCUUGGAUGACUUCCAAGAAGACUUUGUGGUGGAUCUAGGACCAGACAUAACAGGUUCCUUCCCAUUCCCAGUCCGUUUGAUGUACAACCUGGAUGAGGACGAGAGUCAGGGAGGCAUUGCCAUCAACCUGAUGCCUCUACUGGCCAAAGACCUCCAGAACAAAGGAGAGCAGCAGAGUCAAAUCAAGAAGGCACACAAGCGAGUGUCACCUCUCUGUCUGUCUCCGUUUUUUCGUCUCCUGAGGCUGUGUGAGGAGAAACGGCACCAGGGAGACCUAGAGGAAAUUGAUGCCCUGCUUGGCUGCUCUCUGGUCCUGACAGACAUGGAUAUAGUAGAAAAAAUAGAGAGCCUGUCAAAAGCUGAGAGGGAUUUCCUCUGUACUUUGCUCUUUCACACCAUCAACUGGUUCAGAGAGGUCAUAAACGCCUUCUGUCGGCAAAAAGAAACUGAGAUGAAGAUGAAAGUGAUGACUCGUCUGCAGAACAUCACCUACCUUCAGUCACUGUUGGAGAGGGCUCUGGCAGGAACACCUGGCUAUGUUCCACCUCUUGCUAACUUUGAUGGAGAAAGCACAGAUGGGAUUAUACUUAGUUCCACUGCUCCUGUGAAUAAGGCAAAGAAAGAUGGCUCAGGAAAGAAGAGGAAGGCUCCUGGUAAGAAUUCCUCAGGUAACAACUCUCAACUUGAGGAGGGGAUGGAGGCAGAUGAAACCCAGCAGGAGCAGCCAGAGAAGGAGAAGGAGAAGGAGAAGGAGGUCCGGCAGGGGGUCAGUCUGGUGUCCUACCGGCAAUUUUUCAGGGAGCUGGACAUGGAAGUGCUUAGUGUGCUGCAGUGUGGCUUGCUGUCCCGCUCGCUUCUGGACUCUGAGCUCAACACCAAGGUGCGAGAGGAGGUCCUGCUGGGUCCUGCUGAGCUGGUUUUCCUGCUAGAGGAUAUGCUUCGCAAACUGGAGUUCUGUCUCACAGCUGUACCUGCCAAGAGAGCUCCUUUCCUAAAGGGAAGGACCGAUAAGAGUGUGGGCUUCUCACACCUACAACAGAGGAGUUCCAAGGAUAUUGCUUCCUGCUGUGUUCAGCUGCUGCCGGCCCUCUGCUCACACUUGGAGAACUGUCACAACCAUUUUCAGACAUUGCUGUCUGAGAACAACGGUGUCGUGGAUGGACCUGCCACAGAUAUUCAGGAGCACCAGCUCAUGUCAUCAGGCUAUCAGCUGCUCCUACAGGUCCUGAAUACCACCUUCAGCUGGUCUGGAUUCAGCCAGCCAGGCCAGCGCAGCUUACUGAAGAAGGCUCUGGGAGUUUUGGCUGAACGACUCAAAGAGGGAGGUGCUGAGAUGAACAUGGAGCAGCUUGUAAAACACAGCUUCAAGUACCUGCUGAACUUCCGCAGCACAAUGCCGAGUCUCAGCACAGCGUUGUGUCUCUCCCAGCUUCUGUCCACUGUGUCAGAGAGAGGAGGGAACCCUGCUGCCUACAGAGAGCAGACCGCUUCCCUUGCACGACGUUUCCUGAGCCAAGAGUGGGUGACAGCCAGCGGUGAGAAGGAGCGAGGGAACAAAUUCAAUGAAGCACUUCAGACUCUCCUACGCGUCUACCUGGUGCAUGUCGAUGAUAUUCUGAAGGCAGUGGAGGAAAUAGCUGGAGAAGGAAUCCCUGAGCUCCUCAAUGCAUCCAAAGAUGAUAUGAGCUCUGCAUCCUGGCCCACUCUCAACAGGCAGACAUUCCUGGUUUUCUAUAAAGUGUUGAUGGCAGAGCUGGAAAAAGCUGUCCGGAAGAUUCCAGCUGGCAAAAUCAGUGACAACACGGAGGCCCAGAGUGAGAAGCUGCUGACAUGGAACCUGGCUGUCAGAGACUUUCACAUCCUGGUCAACCUAGUGAAGGUGUUUGAUACUAGGCUGGUGCUCAAUGUGUGCCUGAAGUACGGCCGCCUUUUCCUGGAGUCUUUCCUGAAGUUGGGAAUGCCGCUACUGGACUACAGUUUCAAAAGGCACAAGGAGGAUGUCCAAAGCCUGCUGAAGACCUUCCAGCUCAGCACCCGGCAGCUGCAUCACAUGUGCGGACAUUCGAAGAUUCACCAGGAUACAAGCUUGACCAACCACGUUCCCGCUUUGAAGAAGAGUCUUGAGCUGUUUCUUUACAGAGUGAAGGCCAUGCUGACACUCAACAACUGUCAGGAGGCGUUUUGGAUGGGCAAUCUGAAGAAUCGCAACCUGAAGGGUGAAGAGAUUCUCUCUCAGAGGUCACAAGAAAGUGAGGAGGAGGAGGAGGAGGAGGAGGAGGAGGAACGUUCAUUACCCCCUCAGGAACAGUCAGAGGAAGAGGCCCAGGACAGUGACUCUGAGGGAAGUAAGCAGGUCAACAGAAUAGAAGAUGGUGAUCAGGAUAGUACAGAUGACUCUGAUUAACGUUUUCUGAUAAAAACAUUAUUUUAAACUUUUAUAUUUGGGUCAUAAGCCCAUUGGUGGAUCACUUUUUGAAGUUUCAAAUGUCUGAGGGGUUUUGGUGGCUUUUUACAUGGACACUUUCCAAAUGUAUCAAAUACUGGUAUAGGAUCAAUUUUAUAUAUAUAUAUAUAUAUAUAUAAAAUCACAUUUCUUGUAUUCUUAUGCAUGUGGCAAUAAUACUGCUGUAAGCACAUAAAGGGAGUCAUGAGAAGCAUUUAUGUACUUCCACAGGUUAAAGCAUGCCUAAUAAUUAGGUGUUUUCACAGUGUCAUAUGUUUUAUUCUAUUUGUUUGCCAACAAAAUAAAGUAUUUGUGUUUGUUGAGAUUA